GAGUAAAUCGCUAGAUGUCGCCUAGAUCAAAGCUUUUUAUCAAACAACUGUCGUCUGCGAGUUGCGUGACAUUUUUAAUCGGGUUUGCCAAGAACUUUGUUUUUGAUUGAACGACAGGGCAACAAGUUUUUCUCAAAAAUGAUCUCUGACGACGAAGACAGAGAAAGCAGUAACAGAGACGAUACGUCGUCUAUGUCAGAUGAAGAGUCUGAUACCGACAUAGCCACAGUUCUUACUCAGCUCAUCAGGAGUGGUAGAGCUCAUAUACUCUCUGAAAGCAAUUCUGUCUUUGAAGAGAGGAAUGAAUCUUUUCAUGACUUUCUAUCUGGUGCUCGAUUACCCUUUGUUGACAGCCCACCUGAUUUGUCAGCCCUUGAGGGCACUGAUUUAUAUAUAUCAACAUGUUUGUCAUCUGGAUAUUACAAACAUGACAACGAAUCCCAAUCCUCUCGAAUCACGUCACUUUUACUUCAAAGGCAAGUUGGAAUGAAAUGGACAGGACAUUUUUCUGGAGGAGACAGAAGUUACAUUGGACACAACUAUUUACCUAACAAAUUCAAGCAGGUUGCAAACUGCAAUCACAAAAUGUUCUGUGGAACAUAUUCAAAGGAUGGCAACAUAUUUCUCAGUGCUGCACAAGAUCGAGUUCUUCGAGUGUUUGACACCUCAAAAGGAGGCUUUGAUUGCAUAAGGAAAAUUCCUGCACGAGAUGUUGGCUGGAGCAUCCUCGACACAGCUUUCAGUCCGGACGGUCGAAAUAUCAUAUACUCUAGUUGGUCGGAAGCUAUUCAUCUUUGUAAUAUUCAUGAUGAUGUGGAAAGACACGAAGUCCUUCCGCUUUGCCCUGAACUGCGGCGAUUCUGUAUUUUCAGCCUUACUUUUUCUCAAGAUGGCAAUGAAGUGUUGGGCGGGGCUAACGACGGCUGUUUGUACAUUUACGAUUGCGAAAAGCGUCAAAGAACCCUCAGAAUUGAUGCCCACGAUGAAGAUGUAAACACUGUUGCUUAUGCUGAUGAAACGUCUCAGAUCCUGUUUUCUGGGGCCGACGACGGAUUAUGCAAAGUGUGGGAUCGCCGGACGUUGUCGGAAAAUGGGGAGGCUAAACCUGUUGGGAUUCUUGGUGGUCACGUGGAUGGACUGACCUUCGUAGAUUCGCGAGGUGAUGGGAGACAUCUCAUCACAAACAGCAAAGAUCAAUCCAUCAAACUAUGGGAUAUGCGCAAGUUUUCUGGUUCCGAAGUACAGCAGCGGACGAGGACGUUUAUGAGUUCCCAAAGUUGGGAUUAUAGUUUCCAAAACGUUCCAUGGAGACUGUCAUGCUCGAAGAACAAAAUCGCUGGUGAUACUAGUUUGAUGACCUACCGGGGACACAGUGUUUUAAGAACGUUAAUUCGUUGCCGUUUUAGUCCUGCUUUCAGCACUGGCCAGCGCUAUAUCUACAGUGGCUGUGCAGCUGGGAAAGUGUUCAUUUAUGAUAUCCUGACUGGAAUACCCGCAGCCGUCCUCACAGGCCAUUCUGACUGCGUGAGAGACGUUUCUUGGCACCCGUAUUCAAUGGAUAUCAUCGAUUCGGCAUGGGAUGGCCGUCACUACAGGUGGUUUCAUGCCGCACCAGAUUCCGAGGAUGAUAUGGAUUUCGAUUCCGAAGAGUACAGCACAGACAGUGAAUCCAAUGAAUCAAAUCCCGGUUUUAGGCAGAGACAUAGUUUACAUCGAGAUGACGACUUGGUUGACGGCGGUGGUAGCCGCGAAGUUCGUAGGAGUCCACGUCUUGCUGCCCGGGCAACGCCCCAAACGGCUAGAAGAACCUCACAGAGGCAAGUAUCCAAUCGCCGUCCUGCUUUAUAAAAUUGCACGCACCUUGACACACUUGUUUCGUAACACCUAAAAAUAACGCAGUCUCGAUAGCGUGCAGUUAUUUUUGUUGUUGUACCUUUAUUGAAGCAGGCGUGGUGCGCUCAAUUCACGCUUCUCGCGAUUUGUUAAUUUCAUGUUUUUUGAAAUUUUUUGUGUAAGUGAUAGAUGAUCAUUUCUUCGACGGCAUCUUGUUGUGUUGCACAGCAUCUACAACUUGACGUAUAGCUCUUGAGUCAGAGAGACUGGAAAUUUCACAUGGAACAAUUUUUCUUGUUAUAGCGAUUGUUUUCUAUAUUUGUCUCCCGAAUGAUGGGGAACCACAUUUAUAUGUUUAUAAAAAAAAAAGGUCUCAUUUGUAAUCCUUUGGGGAACGGAAUACAGGGCUCACCUCUACGCUGGCCACAAUUCCAGGAAGCCGGCGUAGUGGAUUUGAUACAUA